GGUCGAUCGAUUCAUUCGUGCGACCCGCGAACGGGAUCGCACGGACUCGGGACGAGGUUUUACUUUUCGAGUACCUUGGGAAUGAUCGGGGGUAAGUGGACCCACUGGUCGCUUAGCGCUGUAGGUCCACAGCCGCCGAGUGAGAGCAAGCGACGACGGGCGUGACGCAGCAAGCCUUGACCGCUGCGGUGGGUUUCUAGAAGGGUACAACUGCGUAUGUCCCUUGUUCCCGCGCACGGUGGAUCGAUGCCAAGAGCGACGUCACCGAGACACAUCGACCCGUUCUGGCGAAGGUUGGUCGCGAUGUGACGGCACACACAGCUUCGGGGAGGACGUCGAGCGUGACAGCAUCCUCCGCCUCGAGAAGCCGUAGACAGGCUCGUCCACCUCGAAGAGUAAGCUCAACGUAAAUAGAAGCGCCGUUGCUGACGUGAGGAGAGGAGGGCAAUCGCGCGACUGCAGGCAGUGCGCAGACAUGUAACUUUCCCCAACAUUGAGUUUCGCACUGGCGGGGAGAAGCUUAUUGUUCGCAACGGAGAGAACCUCCUCAAUCGCAAUCGACGCGUCGACGGCACAACCGACGACGUCCGAGGAGCCGAGUGGGUUCGUCCGCGGGGAGCAGCAUCAGGAGCUCGGUCGAGUCGUCGCCAUGGGAUUGCCAUUUUGCGACACUCGAACCGCUCUAUAUGGGCGCAGCCACGCCACGAUCUUGGCCGCGCGAAGUGAGAAGGAAAGAAGGUGGAAACCCGUCAGACAGCGAAUCGAGGAAUCGGAUACUCAUACACGGACGCAGGCGACACGACGUCGCCGAUCGUCCAAGGACAGGCUUCGCGACACAGCGUAAGCCGCACUCGGUCGCGGGGGAAUGCCCGGGUAUUACGUGAGGGUACGUUAUGCGCCUUCUCGGGACGCCCUGCUUCGCGAGCUUCUGUGCAGUCUGCGUGGACGUCAGCUCGAAGUCACACUCGCUCUGAACGUAGUCAGCGUAUCAGCAUGGGGAGCCAUCUGCUCGCUCGCUGGGGUGGGUAUGAGAGCACACUCGCAGGGGCAGUCCAGGGGGUGCCGUUCAAACUUGGCAUUCGUCGCUCCGGACAGUGGUCGGGAGGAGCGCGAUUGGGAUGGACAGACCGCAGGAAACGCGACCGUGUCAUCGCGGGCGCCUGAUUAUACCGAAGUAUACGGGGAGAACAUAUGAACAACCGUUGAAUCCCACCACGCCUGGGACCCGUUUGUGCCCCGCAGUGGACCAUGUGCGAAGGCGUCUCACCUCGAUCGACAUGUGCAGUCCAUGGAACAUGGGACAGCGUCAGCGGUGCCGAGUGCAUCAGGACGC